UCGGAAUUUUCUUCCACGAACCCCCGUUUUCCGCAGCUACUAUGCUUUUCCCUCGCUCCCCGUGCGCCCCGUGAUUCAAGAUAAGGAGGAGAUCGACUAAAUAGAGAGAUCACCGCGUCCAUCGGAUUGAUCGAUCGGUUGUUGCUGGCCAUGGCGUCGUCGCGGAGGCGGACGCUGCUCAAGGUCAUCGUCCUCGGCGACAGCGGGGUGGGGAAGACGUCCCUGAUGAACCAAUACGUGAACAAGAAGUUUAGCCAGCAGUACAAGGCGACGAUCGGCGCCGAUUUCGUCACCAAGGAGGUUCUCAUUGAAGACAGGCUUGUCACCUUGCAGAUCUGGGACACGGCAGGACAGGAGAGGUUUCAGAGUCUCGGUGUGGCGUUCUACAGAGGUGCAGAUUGCUGUAUGCUAGUCUACGAUGUCAAUGCUAAAAGAUCUUUCAAUGCACUCAACACCUGGCAUGAUGAGUUCCUCACCCAAGCUAGCCCAUCAGAUCCCAAACAUUUUCCCUUCAUAUUACUCGGCAACAAGAUUGACAUAGAUGCCGGAAACAGACGUGCCAUCCCUGAGAAGAAAGCAAAAGAGUGGUGCGUCUCCAAAGGCAACAUUCCGUAUUUCGAAACCUCUGCGAAAGACGACUACAAUGUUGACAGUGCUUUUCUGUGCAUUGCCAAGCUUGCUCUGGAGCAUGAGCAUGAUCAGGACAUCUACUUCAAGACUGUUGCACAACCAGCCCCUGAUACUGAACAUACCAGCGGAUGUGCUUGCUAGCACUUUGGAUGCUUUUGUUCAUUGGCUGAGAAUGAAAUUAUACAAUUAUAAGUUGUUAUGGACUCACAGUGUACAAUAAGCUCGCAUAAGAAACUGUUACUCGCUUGUGUAUCCAUUUUUUUAACCUAGGCUGUGUUUAGAUCCAAAGUUUGGAUCCAAACUUCAGUCCUUUUCCAUCA